GCUGCGAAGCUGUGUCGUGCUCUCGUACGACGUCCAUAGUCUGCAUCCCGAAGCAGUGGUCUGUCGCUCGACAAGUCACAUACAGAGCCAUAACAUAGCAGAGGUUCCCCAUAUCUUUUCCUCUCAACCUCAAUAUUGCAACAAUGUCUGGGCCAUACAUCUACACACCAGCGACCUACGAGCCUCCUCCAUAUUAUACCCACCCGUACACACCCCAGCGAUCACCUUUCAUUCCUCCCCUCAAUUUGUUCCCACCUUCCCCCUCUUCACCUUACGUCGACCUUCCCGGAACCCAAUACCCCUCUUACUAUCCUGAUGAACGUCGUCGUCGUCGCCCUCCAUCUUGGCAUGGAGGGAUUGCCGCAGCGCCUCCCAGUCCCUCCUUCCUGGGGAUUCCAUUGCCGCCGAUUCAUAACCGGCGGCAUUCAUUCGGCCAUGGCAAUCGCCCUUCUUGGCCAUACCAGACGUCGUCGCAACACUUCCAGAUUCACCCGCUUCUCAACGGAGAAGCUUAUGUAUCGGAGUUCUACUUCGACAUUGCUAAUCCAGCUUUCACGCCUUUGCGCAGAGUUGGUCCAAACCACACGUCUAUGGUUUCUGUUGAAGAGCUACGGGAACCUGCUAUGUACCCAACUAUCACCCGCAUGCGUAUCACGCAUGAUGCCAUUCCUCAAUGGCCUAUCGACUUGGAAUUCGUUCAUGGCGAAUACGAUGUCUCGGGCGCUCUGCCCAUAACAGUUGGCGAUGUUUUGUGGAUGAUCCACUCUUACCUCCACCGCCAAAUCUCGCACUCUGACUGGGCCCAGCUAAGUCAGAGUGAGGAAACCGCAAUUGCUCGGGCGUAUACCCGCAGAUACAGAAGCAUCCCUUCGUCCGCUCAGCUCGAAGCAAGUCAAGGUGUCAAACGGAUUGAUUAUCUGAUGGAAAGACACGUCUUCAGGGGACUUGUCAGAGCUGCGGAUGAAGAUGGUUUCUGCCAUUGGAAGUUGUUGACGUGAAUGUUGCCUGUCCUUGUACUCCCACUCACCUGUAACCCACUCCCUUUGUACUCGAACUGUCACAUCAGCGUCCUUGGUUCUAUAUUGUCUUAGUUUCCCACUGUGGUUUAUGUUGUAACUAUACCACAAAUACCCCACCCCUAGGCUUAGCCUUUCUAAAAACAAUGUACUACAUCUAUGUUUGCCGGCUUACGAUCGAGAUAUGUAUGUACUUUUACUGAGGUGUGACACAAUUUGGGUCGGGU